AUGGCGGGCACAGCUACUGCAACGUACUCCGCAGAUGUUUGGUCAUCGGCUAGCACCAUAGACGGGGGCCAGCAGCAAUGGGAAUACUCUGUUCCAGUCAACAAUGAGAACAACAGGCGUCGCUCCAAAUCCCGAACAAGAACCUCCCGCGAUGCAAAGUCUCGAGACCGCGGCUCCAAAGGUUCACGUAGCUCCUCGUUAUCCAAACACGCAUACGCCCACGAACAGUCCCACUAUGCAUCUCGAGGACGCCGGGAUGCAAGCACCAGCCGCCGAGAAAGUGAGAGUGGAGGCGUGCAGGACGUUUUAAGCCGACCACAUAGCAAUGGACCGACUAGGAAAAGUGUUUCAAAGGACGGCGAUGACGAACAGAAUGGGGAAAACGAGGAGAAGUGGAUUCACCGUGAUAAACUAGCCCGCAUUGAGAGCGAAGAGUUACAGCAAGCCGCCAUUCUAUUUCAUCGUCGACCCGGGACUGGGAGCACUAGAGCUGGACGCGGAAGAAGUCGAGAUCAACAUAUUGUCAACGGAAGUACUGUAGCUACAUCGCCGCCCACCGAACAAACGGAACCUUGGCCAGAUCUCCAAGAAGAUCAGCGCAACAAUGGUGUUUCUUCAAACCUAGCGGAUGAUGACGACGUUCCAGAUGAAGAACGGAAAUUCUGGGAUCUCCGACGUCCUGAGGAAAUUGCGGCAGACAGGGAAUCCGGUGCGUCGAGUAUAUACCGCAAUCCUGCACUGCGGAAAAGUUCCUCUCGAAUUCCAAUUCCAAUGUCGAGCCCUGCACCUCUAUCAUCCGACCAAAUCGACCGGGAUUACUUCACCCCACGCUCACGGGCGCCGACAGACGAAGAAGAGAAUCGUCCUUCGAUCGCAAUGCCUCGAAGAGCUAGUGAACCUCUCACCUUGGAUUCUGCUUCAACUUCUAGCCCCGCGCCUGAGAGCAGGCCCGGGAGCAGGGGGGUCCAGGCGCCUCAAAACGCAACUUCCAAAAAGUCUUCUGGCAAACCUGGCGCAACUAAGAGAAACACUUCGGCUCCGCACCAGAAGAAGUCGACGCCACGAAGCCGGGCAACUUCGAGUAAUAACGCCCAGCGUCCCACGACUAGAUCUGGGGAACCUCGUCCUCCAACAGCAGUCAACCGUCCAGAGGGAGACCCACCAUGGCUGGCAACCAUGUACAAGCCUGAUCCACGGCUACCUCCAGAUCAACAAAUACUACCCACCCACGCGCGCAAACUGCAACAAGAGCAAUGGGCCAAGGAAGGCAAGACGCCAACCACGUAUGAUCGUGAAUUUGCACCGCUUGCAAUUGCACCUGAUGCAGCCCGUCCUCAGGACAAGCCCAAGGAGACAGAGAAGCCGGACCAGCUGAAGACGGAGGGCUUGGGUCUGCAUGCAAUGUCCAGGAGUCCCGAACCGGGAACCCGGCCCGGCACAAGCACGGGCUAUAGCCCGAUGCCGAAGCUGCAGGACACACCCCCAACCCAAUUGACACCAAGAUUCAACAGUCAAACCGUUACAACAGCUCAAGGGCCACCCCCAGAAGACGAAAAGGUAGAGAAGGGGUGCGGAUGUUGCAUCGUGAUGUGA